GUGCCACAAUUACUAAACUCGUCCCCGUAUCCCCAAUUCUCAGAAAACCCUAAACGAAGGGAGCUCUCUAGGGUUUCACACCAGCAUUAACGUACUCCAGGGUUCUUGCAAUUCCGCUAACAGCCCUCCGUGCAAAACUGCAUGGCAAUGGACUUCGACGAGUAUGAUUAUCUGGAGAAGGCCGUUGAAGAGACCAACGGUCCAUCUUCGAAGAGCAAGGACAAAGACAGAGAAAACAGCUCAUCCGAGAAGGAGAAGAGCGAGAAAAGCUACCGGAGGAGGGAAAGGGACGAGAGCGACGAUUUAGCCGAUGAGGACGGCAGAGAUCGCAAGAGCAGUAAAAGAUCUCGCGGCGGAGAUGAAGAGAACGGGAGGGAGAAGGAUAGAGACCGGGAAAGGGAUAGAGAUAAGGAGAGGUCGUCGCGGCAUAAAAGUCGGGAGAGAGAGUCCGACAGAGACAAAGAGAGGAGUUCAAGGGAUAGGGAGAAGAGAGAAAAGGAUAAGGAGAGGGAUAGGGAUAGAGAUAAGGAUAGGGAUAGGGAGAGGAGAGACCGGGACAAGGAGAAGGAGAGGGAACGGGAGAGGAGAGAGAGGGACAGGGAGAAGGAAAGGGAGAGGGAGAGGAGGAGCCGCAGUCGCUCGAGGCUCGAUCGUGAAAGAGAGAGGGAACUGAUGAGAGAGCGAGAGCGUGAGCUUGAAUUAAGAGAUAGCAGGCGGUUUAAGGAAAAGAAGGAGGCAGCAGAGCCAGAGGCUGAUCCAGAAAGAGAUCAAAGAACUGUUUUUGCUUAUCAGAUGCCCCUGAAGGCAACUGAAAGGGAUGUGUAUGAGUUCUUCUCACAAGCUGGAAAGGUCCUUGCUGACACGGCAAAAUAUCUCUGCGACUCUGCUACAAUUUUAGGUUUCAUGGUGAGGGAUGUACGUCUGAUCAUGGACCGAAAUUCAAGGAGAUCGAAAGGAGUUGGGUAUAUUGAAUUUUAUGAUGCCAUGUCUGUCCCAAUGGCCAUUGCCUUAUCUGGACACUUACUGCUUGGGCAGCCUGUUAUGGUUAAACCUUCAGAAGCUGAAAAGAAUCUUGUUCAAUCAAAUACUGCUGCUGGUGGAGCAGGUGUUACUGGACCAUAUGCUGCCUCAGAAAGGAAAUUGUAUGUUGGAAAUCUGCACUUCAACAUGACAGAAUUACAGCUUAAACAGAUUUUUGAAGCUUUUGGUCCAGUUGAGCUUGUGCAGCUACCUACCGAUCCAGAAACAGGACAUUGCAAAGGUUUUGGCUUUGUUCAAUUUGCUCAACUUGAACAUGCUAAGGCAGCACAGAGUUUGAAUGGAAAACUGGAGAUUGCUGGUCGAACAAUCAAGGUUUCAUCUGUUACUGAACAUGUUGGGGUACAAGAUUCAGCAGCCAAAACUGCAGAUUUUGAUGAUGAUGAAGGGGGUGGACUGGCAUUAAAUGCACAGUCAAGAGCAAUGCUGAUGCAGAAGUUGGAUCGGAGUGGCAUAGCCUCCAGUAUUACGGGUUCACUUGGGGUGGCUGGGCUUAAUGGUGCAGCUCCAUCCCAGGCAGCUAUUAGCUUGCCAAUUGGUGGGGCACCUGCUAUUCCUGCCCCAAUCCUUCCAGCUCAAGUUGUUGCUGCCAUGGUUCCUGAACCCAUUGGGAAUCCCAGUGAGUGUUUGCUGUUGAAGAAUAUGUUUGAUCCAGCUAUGGAGACUGAUCCAGAGUUCGAUUUAGACAUUAGGGAUGAUGUACAUGAAGAAUGUUCCAAGUAUGGUGCUGUCAAACAUAUUCACGUGGACAAGAAUAGUGCUGGAUAUGUUUAUCUGCGAUUUGAUAGUGUGGAGUCUGCAUCUCGUGCUCAACAAGCAAUGCAUAAAAGAUGGUUUGCUCGCAGAUCAGUUUCAGCCAUCUUUUUGCAACCAUACGAGUAUGAUGCCAAGUUCAAAGGUGCAGCUUGAACAAGCAAAUGGUUGGGAGCGUUAAUUUUUAUUUCCCUGUUUUGGGGGUAUGAUCAGUUAAAUCUCGUCGCCUAUUGUUAUGUAUUGUCCAAAUAGUUACUGGAUUGGAUUGGGUGUUAAAAUGUAUUUUUGUUUUCUUUUUGGUAUGACUAUUUGUAAUUUAGUAGCAGUUGAGUUGAGGAGAUGAUAUAAAAAUUUGUGGCAGCCACCAGCCAGCUUACUGCGCAUAAAAUUUCAUUGUCAGCGACAGAUAUUUGAUAGAAACACAAUUGGUUGAUAAGUGUAGACAGCAAGUUAGGUUGUGAUUUAAUCUUUGGGUAUGCAAUGCAAUAUCAUCCAAAGCCUGCCAGCCUA